UUCAAGAAACCAUAUUGCUGACCCACACCAAGGUGAAUGGAAACAAAUAAACAAUGUUAUUCACAAUUAAUUUGGGGUUUGGUCGUUAAAGUUGAUGUUACGCUUCAAGAUGGAUGAUGAAAAAGGCACAGAAAACAAUGAUUUAAGAUGAGAUAACCAAAAACAAUGGAAAUGUGAAACUUAGAAAUCACGAAAUAACAAAUAGCAUUGAAGUCAAUAAGAAAUAAACUUUGCCAUUGAAUGUAAACAGAAAGGAGUCAAUUAGUGAAUUUGGCAUGAUUCAGGUAUUCCAAAUUAGCCAUUGGUGUUUUACAAUCAGUGAAGGAACUUGAAAUUACUUUAAUCUAUUACCAAAAUAAAUGACCAGAUACUUAACCGUUGUAAAACUUUAUAAUGUCUAAUAUUUUGAUUUUUUAUUUGUCCAAUGAGAAGGCAAUCAAAUAGAAACGCGCUCAAUUUGAUUUUAUUUUUGGUGAAAAGUUUCUUUUCCAAUUUCGUUUUUAAUUUUAAUUUGGUUUAUUAUUGUGAUGUAAUUAAUGUUCCAUUGGAUUAAAAAGAUGAGUUUUAACUCACCAACAUCAAGUUUAGCAACGCAAUCAAUUAAAAUGUUGUAUAAACCUCAUGAUGAGAAUGGUAAUCAACUGGAAAUUGAGAUACCCAAAAAUGAAUCGACCAACAAUAGAAGAUUCAAUUGGCCAAGGAAACGAUUUGCUCUUGAAAUUGGCUUCUAUUCCAUGACCUUAUUGGCAACCAUCUUUUUACUGGUGAUUGUGUAUACAUUAACGAGACAAUCUAUUAACUCCGAUCAUCAUAGAUGUCCUACUGUGACCAUUUUAAGGCCUAGAGAAGAGAGUGACUCGUUGGACGCCAAAGGAGCACACAGAAGAACCUACCCUGACCCAUCAGACCCUUUGUAUGCUCUAUGUGGUCCAUGUCCUAAGACUCCUUGCCCUGAAUGUCCUAAACAGGCAACCUGUCCAUCUUGUCCAACCCCACCGCAGACGAUCAUAAGACCAGAGGAAACCUCGUGUCCAACAAGUCCCAUUGAACCAACUUGUCCUCCUUGCUUUGCUUCAACUAAUCAAUCCAGCUUUCAGGAACAUUACAAUGAAACAUACAACGAAACCACUGUCACCGCUUCAACUAUGUCUACCUUCACUUAUACUGAAGACUAUCGGAGCGAAAAUCUUUGCCUUACAAAAAAUUGUAUCAUUCAGGCAUCGGAUAUUUUAAAAAUGAUAGACACUGAAUCGCCAACCUGUCACAGUUUUCACAGUUUUGCUUGUCAUGGAUUAAUCUCAAAGAAAUCUAGUCGAUAUGGAAAAAAUAAGGAAUCUCAAUCAGCUGAUGAUUUAACCAAUUUUCACGGUGUUUUAACUGAAAUGACCUCAACAAACGCAAAAGAGAAACCAAUUGUUGGAGAGAUUUGGAACUUUUAUCAAUCUUGUUUAAAUGAAGAUGCCAUUGAACGUAAAGGAAAGGAACCAUUGAAGGAAGUCAUCAGCUCAAUGGGAGGUUGGCCUGUACUUGAACUUGGAUCAACUUGCACAUCAAACUAUGAUCUGACCGAAACCCUAAUUAAAUCUCAUCAAUUAGGAACUCUAAAUUCAAUGUUGUUUUCAUUCAACUUAAAUUUUCUAAGCGACUCAUCUGGACAAGAUACUCAAAUCAAUAUCAUGAUUUCAUCUCCAUCUCUUGGUAUGGGCUCGAUCGGACCUUAUAUAGCCAAAAAGUGGGGAAGUUAUUAUGAGAUCAUGAUUGACACGGCUCUUAAACUAGGCGCUUCAAAGCAAAGUGCAUUGAAAUCGAUGAAUCAAGUUUUAGAGUUUGAAACUAAAAUUGCUCAGAUAAUUGCUCGUGAAGAGUUGAAAAAUACUUGGACAACAAUCAAUUUAUACCAAAUGAAUAUGAUUUUUCCCAGUAUUGAAUGGCCUAAAUAUUUGAAGAUUGUUACUGGUUCCAAUUUAUCUGGAGAUGAAAAAAUUAACAUUACAAGCGUUGAAAUGUUGAAGCAAAUCAACGAGCUGCUACUUGUCACUGAUCGAAGCACAAUCUGUGAUUUCAUCCUUUGGCGAAUCGUCUUGGACUGUUUACCUCGAUUGAAUCGUUUCUGGCGACAAUUACAUAUGAAUUCAAUAAAAAGCAACAACAAUGAUAUAGCAACUCGAAAGGAAAUUUGUGAUCGACAAGUAAUUUCAUAUUUUCACAAUUUACUUCCCUUAAUAUACUUUAAGGAGCAUUUUGAUGAUUUGGAAUUGAUUGGGUUUAAAUCAAUGGUAAAUCAAUUGACUGAUCAAGCUAUAAAUACUCUGCCUUUGGUUCUUUCAUCCAAUUCAAGCAAUGAAAUUGUUAAUCGGAUCAAAUCAAUGAGAGAUUAUGUUGUUGACAUACAUAAAUUGGUUUCAUCAAAUGCCAUUGAAUCCAUGUUUACAGAGCUUAAACUAUCAGAAGCUGAUUAUUUCAAUAAUAUGCUUGAGCUUACCAAAUUCAAUCGUAAAUCUGUCAUGGAAUCAUUAAAAUCAACUGAUGCAUCCAUUUUACGAUAUCUUUUCUUGGAUAACAAAUUUCUCAAGCAAAUACGAAACAAUUCAAGAAAUUUACUGACCAUUUUAUCAAAAAUAGCCAACUGGUAUCAAGCUUUGACUGAUCUCAGUUUCCUCAAUUAUUCAUCAAUUGGCUUGGAGAUUUUGCAUUCAUUUUUUUCAUCUUUGUCUCAAACUAAUGUUAAUCCGAGCGAUUCCCAAGGACAGUUGAUUGUUUCAUCCUCAUUAUCCAAUUUAUCACUCACAAUCAACUCUAAUAAUACUAAUUUAUCGUGUAAAUUAUUGUCUUACAACAACACAACCACAAAAGCUACAGUUAAACGCCAGCUGAUCAUUGACUAUCUCAUUUAUACAAUAGUUGAGAAGUCAUUCAUUGCUGAUACAAAAGGUAGCAAGGAAAGUAAUUUAUAUCUUCCUGGUCUUGCUUUUGAUGCAUUACAACUUUUUUACAUUAAUUUAGAAAAGACAUUGUGUAUGAAAACACCCUUCAUACUAAAAGAGGGUAAACUAGCGAUUGAUCCUCUUAAAAGACUUGACUUCAUUUUAAAUCAAUCUGAAACCUUCAAGGGAUCCUUUGGUUGUUCCUUGGAGCCUAACCAUUGUGAUGUUAACACAACCGCCAUUGGAAUACAAACAAAUGAGAAUCCGAAAGCAUCACCAAAUCAUCCAGGAGAAGCUAAAGUCGACAAUUACCAAAAUGAAGAAAUUAUCAUUGCUCCAUUACCAGUGAAAAGUGUUACCAAUAAUUGUACAAAUUGUCAAUCAUUACGUAUCAUGGAAAGACCUCAGCAGUUUAGAUGUCCAUUACUUAAUCGACGUCAAAUCACUUUAUGAAAGACACAAUCAGCAAAAACAAGAAUCGAAAUGGCUAUUGUUGCCAUGUUUCUCCUUGCUUCCAGUUAAUACGGUUAAUCCUAAUCAUCUUGAUCAAUCAAAUUGUAUUUACAAAUUGUAUAUACGUUUAUGUGCGUGAAAGAGAGUUACGAAAGCUUAUCCAGAUGAUCAACUAUCCGAUUAAUCUGAUUCUCUUGGUAACCUUUAAUGCUUCUUCGUGGAUUCAAUUGACUUUUACAAUUUCCCAUCUGCUUAUUACAAACAUAUUGAUGAGCUUGAUUAUGGCCAGUCCUUUGACUUUGUUUUUUGAUUACCUGAGAAAAUGAAGGUGCAAGAAAAAAUAGAUUAAUAAUCGAUAGCACAAAUUUCAAAUUAGUUAGAUUCAAAGCACAAUUAAGUAACUCAGCAUUACUCAACUAAAAAUUUUCUUUCAGUUACCAUUUAUGUGAUCUUGACGUGAUUAUUUUUAGACUUUUGUUUUGUUUCCACCAAAUAUAAGAUUAUAAGAUUCAUUCAAUUUUCCUUUUUGCCUGCUAUCUCCUUUGGUUUUCACCCUCUGCUUAUCAUCGUCAUUACUUUUGAUUGUUGUUAUUGUUAUUAACAAUUUACUUUCUUAUGUUGUGGUUGUGUUUCCUACCAAAAUACCACAAUUAUUUCAAUAAAACAAAAGCGUCAGAUUUUGUUUUCAGAUAAAUUGCCAUCAAGGAAUCCUUAACAUGUGAUAAUUAAAAAAUCAACAGCUCACAAUGACAUUGGAAAACAAUCAAGUCUUCAAUUGACAUAGACCAUAACUAAUUACAUCCAUAGUAUAAAUUUAAUUUCUCUUUUCUUCUUUUUCUUCUUCCAUAUGAUUUCACAGACUUUGAAUGUUUAGUUCUCCUGUUGUGAAAAAGUCAACGUCAUUGUAUUAACUCGAAGAGACAGCAUACAGCAACAAUCAAUGUUGUUUUCAAUCAUUACCAAAAUUGUGUCUCUCUAAGCACAGCAAAAGACUCUUCAUUUCACGGCCUUGCGUGACGCCAUUGUUAUCAUUCAGUAUGGUAUUCCAAAUCAUUAAUAAAAUUAACAUUUCUUAAAGAUGAA